GGGACUGGGAUGGACUGGGAUGGCUCCCAGUGCUCCCAGUUCACUGCACACCGUGGGGAUUUGAAGGCACUGGAAGGACUGGGAUGGCUGGGGAUGGACAGGGGCUGUCCCAGUGCUCCCAGUAAGGCCCAGUUUGCCCAGUUAACCGGCGGCUGGACGAGUGGGUGGACCGGAACCGGCUGGGGAUGUACUGGGAUGGCUCCCAGUGCUCCCAGUUCACUGCACACCAUGGGGAAUUGAAGGCACUGGGCUGGCUGGGCAUGGCUGGGCACAGCUGGGGAUGGACUGGGAGGAUUCCCAGCGCUCCCAGUGCUCCCAGUAAGGCCCAGUUUGCUCAGUUAACCGGCGGCUGGACGAGUGGGGGGACCGGAACCGGCUGGGGAUGUACUGGGAUGGCUCCCAGUGCUCCCAGUGCUCCCAGUUCACUGCAGGCUGUGGGGAUUUGAAGGCAAUGGAAGGACUGGGAUGGGUUGGGAUGGACUGGGGCUGUCCCAGUGCUCCCAGUAAGUCCCAGUUCGCCCAGUUAACCGGCGGCUGGACGAGUGGGUGGACCGGAACCGGCUGGGGAUGGACUGGGAUGGCUCCCAGUGCUCCCAGUGCUCCCAGUUCACUGCAGACUGUGGGGAAUUGGGCACACUGGGCAGGCUGGGCAUGGCUGGGGGGCACUGAGGGUGCUCCCAGUGCUCCCAGUAAGUCCCAGUUUGCCCAGUUAACCGGCGGCUGGACGAGUGGGUGGACCGGAACCGGCUGGCGCUGUCCAAGAGCCUGAAGGAGGCGGCGCAGAAGAGCUCGGAGCCGUUCCUGGGCGAGCUGGCCGAGCCCGAGAGGAAAAUCACCCGCAACCAGAAACGCAAGCACGACGAGAUCAACCACGUGCAGAAGACCUAUGCCGAGAUGGACCCGACCACGGCGGCGCUGGAGAAGGAGCACGAGGCCAUCACCAAGGUGAAGUACGUGGACAAGAUCCACAUCGGGCACUACGAGAUCGACGCGUGGCCUGUUUUUCUCCAUUUUUUGGCCAUUUUUAGCGGGAUUUUUGUGGGAUUUUUGCGGUUUUUGGGCGCCCAGGUGUGCCCAGGUGUGCCCCUGCCAUUCCAGAUCACCAAGGCGAAGUACGUGGACAAGAUCCACAUCGGGCACUACGAGAUCGACGCCUGGGCUGGUUUUUAUCCAUUUUUAGCCCAUUUUCAGCGGGAUUUUUGUGGGAUUUUUGCGGUUUUUGGGUGCCCAGGUGUGCCCAGGUGUGCCCAGGUGUGCCCCUGUGGGUUGCAGAUCACCAAGGUGAAGUGCGUGGACAAGAUCCACAUCGGGCACUACGAGAUCGACGCCUGGGCUAUCACCAAGGUGAAGUACGUGGACAAGAUCCACAUCGGGCACUACGAGAUCGACGCCUGGAUCACCAAGAUGAAGUGCGUGGACAAGAUCCACAUCGGGCACUACGAGAUCGACGCCUGGAUCACCAAGGUGAAGUGCGUGGACAAGAUCCACAUCGGGCACUACGAGAUCGACGCCUGGGCUAUCACCAAGGUGAAGUACGUGGACAAGAUCCACAUCGGGCACUACGAGAUCGACGCGUGGUACUUCUCGCCCUUCCCCGAGGACUACGGCAAGCAGCCCAAGCUCUGGAUCUGCGAGUUCUGCCUCAAGUACAUGAAGUACGAGAGGAGCUACCGCCUGCACCUGGUGCGCACCUGGGCACACCUGGGGG